AUGCCGUCCUCCAAAGCAAGAUCCAGUCCAUCUGUGGACCGUCGCGACCGUUUAACGCUUGCGAAAUUAGCCAGCUACGACGACGUCGCGACGGAUGCGCUGGUUGAUCGGGCUUAUUUCUGGACCAACACUCGCAAGAACCGAACCAAAUAUAUCCACAUGCGGGGCAUCCAUGACGACGAUGUUGCUCGGAUCCUCCUUCAUGAUGCUAUUGUCGCCAAGGAUGCAGUCAAGGCUGAACGAGAACUCCUGAGCAUGUCUGGCCUGAAAAAGUAUAUGGCGAGGCUGUCCAGCGAUCGAGAAAAAGAGUGGUUCCGUCGACAUUUGCGAAAAUACAUUCAGAUGUAUCUCCCCGAUUCUCCUUUUGAAGUUACCACGACCAAUCGCUACACUAUUAUGGUUCAUGAAGCGGCAAUAUGCGCCCGGAAAUUUAUCAAACAAGGCCAGGAAAUCAAAUACCUCAGCGGAACCCUCGUGUCUAUGACUCGCGAAGAAGAAAAAGACCUGGACUUGAGUCGUAAUGACUUCAGCAUUGUGAUGUCCAGCAGGAGAAAAUCGCCGUCGUUCUUUCUCGGGCCGGCUCGUUUUGCUAACCAUGAUUGUAACGCUAAUGGACGAUUAGUGACCCGCGGAUCCGAGGGAAUGCAAGUAAUGGCCACUCGAGACAUCUACAUCGGUGAAGAAAUUACGGUUUCUUACGGGGAGGACUACUUUGGUAUUGACAACUGUGAAUGCCUGUGCUUGACUUGCGAACGGGCAGUCCGCAAUGGAUGGUCGCCAAACGUUGAUUCUGAGCCGCAGAGCAAGGCAUCUACGCCGGCAUUAAACGAUGAAGCUGCUAAUACUGAUAAUGUUUCUCCGUCUAAAAAACGCAAAUACGGGCCCGACUCCGAUUCCGAAGCCUCAACCCUUUCUACCCCACGGAAGAGGAGCAAGUUUACACGACAGAACUCCAAGUUGAGAUCUGCAGUGUCACUAGCGGAAAUAGCGCCUUCCAUUGAGCCAGCCACGCCAGAGAGCCCUAAACUCACAACAGAGGGACACACGGAACCAAAGGACACCAAUUCGGGAGAGGCCAACAGCGAGGGCAGUGAGCAUAUCAGUGAAAAUACUGUUACUGCCAGUGCUGAAGCGAUUGUUCAGUCUUCCACUACUACAGACUGCGAAUCACCGACGUCGCUUGCUGAUGACUCACAACGUUCGUCAACAUCAACCCCGCCAACAUCUGAAAGCGAGGCCAAUGUCAAAGUCAAGGUCGAAGAAAUUACGGAAAUAUCUGCUGGCGAUUCCAAGUCGACGGUUGAGGCGUCUCUUGAACUCACGGCUCCGAGUCAAUCGGACGUUGUCGGACGACGCCUGAUGGGCAGUGAUCACGACGCGCUGUCAGAUUUGUCUGAUUCAUUGGAGCUAGAUGAUAAAUUAGGAACUGUUGUCGACCGUUCGAAGAAAUGCCGUAGCCCUCGUGGGAAGCGCACUGUUGUCCCAUCUGUCGAGGCCGAGACACACCGUACACGAGUUCCCGGAGACUAUACGAAAACUUCUAAACUACUCGCGCAGCCUUACGAUCGCUGGGUCGACUGUCAAACCUGUAACGUCUGGUUUGUCCAGCAAAAUUCCUACCUCACGCGAAGGGAAUGCCCCCGUUGCGAACGUCACUCUAUGCUGUACGGAUUCCGGUGGCCCAAGACUGACACAGACGGCCCCAAUGAUGACGAUGAACGAGUGAUGGAUCACCGUACUAUUCAUCGAUUCCUCUAUCCCGAGGAAGAGGCACGCAUCUCGCGUAAGGACCGUGGAGUCAGUUUUGGCAUCACACCGACCCCGGAAUUUUCCGACACACGCACUGAAACAGAGGAUAGUGAAGGGGGCGAUUCUCGGCGCAAUACCAGAGCUAGCCGGAGACGCACUCGAGAACUUCGAAUGACUAUGUGA